GGUGGAUGCUGAUGAUGUCAUUACCAAAGAGGAGCAGAUCUUCCUACUGCUAAAAGCCAAGGCUAAGUGUGAACGACACCUCAAAGCCAAGGUCCCCAAGGUGCAUGAUAGAAAUAUCAUGUAAGCUGGCAUGAAAGCCUGUUAGGGCUUGUGACCUCAUUCUUGGGAUCUGACACACAGGGAUAUUCAACGCCUCGCCUCCAAUCUCAAAGGAGAGUCUGUGGCAGAUCCAAGAUUUGGAUGCUCAUCUACUUCCUCUUCAGCCAGGGCACAAGCCACAAACCACAUUUCCUUUUGUCCUGGAAUUCAAGAUGGCUUCUGUCUUCCUGAGUGGGAUGGUAUCGUCUGCUGGCCUGAAGGUGUGCCAGGCAAAGUGGUGGCUAUGCCAUGUCCUGAGUACAUCUAUGACUUCAAUCACAAAGGCCAUGCUUAUCGCCGGUGUGACCUGAACGGGAGCUGGGAGCUGGUCCCAGGCAACAACCGCACCUGGGCAAACUACAGUGAAUGUGCCAAGUUUCUCACCAAUGAGACGAGGGAAAGGGAGGUCUUUGAUCGCCUCUAUUUGAUUUAUACUGUUGGAUACUCCAUCUCUCUGGGAUCCCUCACAGUUGCUGUCCUUAUCCUGGGAUACUUCAGACGUUUGCACUGCACUAGAAACUACAUCCACAUGCACCUGUUUGUCUCCUUCAUGCUGAGAGCCGUGAGCAUCUUUGUGAAGGACGCAGUCUUGUACUCUGGGUCAGCUUUGGAGGAGAUGGAAAGGAUCUCAGAGGAAGACUUAAAAUCCAUUACUGAAGCACCUCCAGCAGAUAAAUCACAGUUUGUAGGCUGUAAAGUAGCAGUUACCUUCUUCCUUUACUUCCUGGCAACCAAUUACUACUGGAUUCUGGUGGAAGGGCUCUAUCUCCACAGCCUCAUCUUCAUGGCAUUUUUCUCAGAGAAGAAGUAUCUUUGGGGAUUCACAUUAUUUGGCUGGGGACUCCCUGCUGUAUUUGUUACAGCAUGGGCCAGCGUGAGAGCCACUCUAGCCGACACAGAGUGUUGGGACUUGAGUGCUGGCAAUUUAAAAUGGAUUAUUCAGGUGCCCAUCCUGGCAGCUAUCGUGGUAAAUUUUAUUCUUUUUAUCAAUAUUAUCAGAGUCCUAGCAACCAAGCUACGAGAGACAAAUGCAGGGAGGUGUGACUCAAGACAACAGUACAGGAAGCUGCUGAAAUCUACCCUCGUCCUUAUGCCUCUGUUUGGCGUUCACUAUAUUGUUUUCAUGGCUAUGCCAUACACAGAUGUGUCAGGGAUUCUUUGGCAAGUUCAAAUGCACUAUGAAAUGCUGUUCAACUCUUUCCAGGGAUUUUUUGUUGCCAUCAUAUACUGUUUUUGCAAUGGAGAGGUCCAAGCAGAAAUUAAGAAGUCAUGGAGCAGGUGGACAUUAGCACUUGACUUUAAAAGGAAAGCACGAAGUGGGAGCACAACCUACAGUUAUGGACCAAUGGUUUCCCACACCAGCAUCACAAAUGUAGCCACAAGAGGAGCACUUGCCCUCCAUCUCAAUACAAGACUUAUACCAGGGACCCUCAAUGGACACCGGAAUUUGCCAGGUUAUGUAAAAAAUGGCUCCAUUUCUGAAAACUCCAUGCCUUCUUCUGGACCAGAGCAGUACAACAAAGAUGAGGAGUACCUGAAUGGCUCUGGCCUUUACGAUGGAGACAGACCUACAGUACUUGUUGAAGAAGAAAGAGAGACAGUGAUGUAAAGAGAGAAAGAGAUAAAAGAAGCAAAAGGAUGGAAAAGGUUCCUGGAGAGCAUUUAGUGGGCAAAAGAGUAUCAGGCCACGCAUUGGAUGCCAAGGGUUUCCAUACAGUUUCUCUGUUCUAUGGAACGAGAAGUUAAGUUAUAUGGGAAAAAAAAUGUGAGCCACCAAUGUGGCCAGCUGUCGAUCACAUACAUAUUCUCAAGUGAUCUAAGUCUCUCUGGUGUUAGCAGAAGCAGGGCUGUCUAGAUCCACAGCCUUGCUACUGUUGAACAACUGAGAUACUGGGAGUUCAUGAAGGAGGGUUGUAUAGCAGCAAUGUGGUCCUUGGAUCUCUUGGAGAGUGUGGGCAGCUGAGGAGGACAGGACUCACCCAGUAAAACAAGAGUCUUGCAGAGAGUGUACAGUGCCAUCUUCUUGUGAGGGUACAAGCCACCCUGAGUAUCAGUGUCUUCAGUUUGGUUUGCUGUUUCCCUAUAAAGUCUGCCUGGUAACACACACAACACUGAUCAAGACCUAUUGCGGGGUCAUAGCUGCCCACCCUUUCAGAUAAGCACUCAAUGCAGACAGCUCAGUACCACUGGUCGCAUGUUCUUCACUUCGGCAAUCUCACUCCUCGGCAAAAUGCUCCUCUAAGGUGAGCAGGGUUAACAGCUCAAGGUUGCUGAAUGCAGGCAGACAACGCUGUUCUCCUCUCCCUGACCUGAGUCCCAGUAGCAAGCCAGAAACCAGUGCAGUUUCAGGAUGGAAAAUGUGCUUGUCAGAAUGUGUGACAUUUCUGUUCUUCCAGAUGUAGCAGAGAGAGGGGCCCACCGAGUGUGUUGAGGCAGGGUGGGGAAUUUGCAGUUCUUGGGUAUAUGUGCCUAUGUGUGUGUGGCUAAAAUCAGUUGAGAGGGUAGCUAACUCAGCCCUCCCUUUUUGUGGGUGCUCAUGGAAACAGGCUUCAGUCAGUUUUUAAACCUCUAAAUUGCUUCUUGUUCCGCCCUCUGAAUUUCCUGUUUCUUACUAGCCAAAACCCUUAUUAGGAGAAAGACUCCAUCAACAGUCUGCCUGUGUCACCCAGCAGCACAAGCUGUGGAUACAGCCAGACAAACCUAAGCUCAUGAGAUCCAAAGGCAAUAUUUGCUUGAUAAAAGCACAGGAAUUGCUCAUGGAUGGUUACUUUUGAACAUCUAAACUUUCUUAUUCUUUGCAUUUUGAUCACACACACAUGUCUGUGCACCAGCUCAGAGUCUUAGCUGACGUUAACAAGUCUAACUUCAACCA